UGAGAAAGAUAAUAAAUUUGAAACCCUCAUAAAGUCAAUAUCAAAACAAGAGGCUAUUCCUGUCAAAAUUUCUUUAAUAACAAAAACAAUUGGCAUAGCAAAAAGUACUUUAUUUUACUUUUUAAUAGGUAUUUUAUUACCUUUAUGGAUAAUAAUAGUGUUAAGUACUUUAACAAUUCAAAAUAUAAAAUCAAGAAGAAGAGUAGCAAAGAUUUUGGCAGCAAGAGAAGUAAAAGAUUCUAAUUGGAAUAUAACAUCAAAUCUCACAAGAUCUAAUAUUAUUGUGUCUAAUAUUGAGGGAGAUUCAGUAGAAACGGUAAUUAAUAUUCAAAAUUUUCUUACUCAUAGUUUACCUUCAUCACCGACAGGUCAAAGUCUUUCUAAUGAAACAGUUGAUGAUAAUACACAUGCUAUUACGAUGGCAGACUUUUCUACAUCAUCGCUUUUUCCACAAGUUUCAAUAU